AUGGCAUUGGCUGGCAGGACUGUCCCAGGCCGGGGGAACCUCGGAAGGCCAUGUCCCUUCAGCAUCGACCACAUCUUGUCUAGCCCUCCUCCGCCGGCCUUGCCCCUCUUUGGCCCACAGACCCAGGUCAAGAGUCCUGAGCCACCCAGGGGGUCCCACUCUCCUGGAGCCCUGCCUGAGGACCCUGAGGAGCUGGGGGAGCCAGGCCCAGCAGCCUGUGGCAUUUGCUGCUGCUGUGCCCACCAUGCCAGCCCCCAUGGGCUGCAGGAGCCUGCUGUCUGGCUGGAACUGGCCUCUCGGUCACUGCUCCUCGGCCCCUUGCGUAUCCUGUCUGUCCAAGAUUCCAGGUUUCCUUGGCCACUGAGGCUGCUUCCUGCUACAGGCCGGGUGUGCAAGGGGCCCCGGGGCCCCCCAACUGGGACCUUGCCCCCAUUCCAGCCCCUGCAGAGAAGAACCCGGCGGCACCGAACCAUCUUCAGCGAGGAGCAGCUGCAGGCCCUGGAGGCCUUGUUCCUGCAGAACCAGUACCCAGAUGUGGUGGCCCGGGAACAGCUGGCUCACCGCAUCCACCUCAAGGAGGAGCGUGUGGAGGUCUGGUUUAAAAACCGUCGGGCCAAGUGGCGGCAUCAGAAGCGGGCGUCAGCCUCAGCCCUCAUCCUACAAGGCACUAAGACGGCUCCUAAGGAGAGCUGCUGAGGCAUGCAGCUCCGGUGGGACAGCAUGAAAGAAAAGUCUGGGGACUCCCUGGGAGAGAAAGGGGGCUCAGAAUGGGGUGGCUGGCGGGGGAGAAUGAGAGCACCUUGUUCCCCUGGGUCCCUGAACUUUUCAUUCUCCUUGUCCCUUGCCCUUUGGCCUGAGGUGGGGGAGGGUCAGUAAUCUUGGUGGUGAAGGGGAGUGGGGGAGUUGAUAAAAGGGAAUGGCCUGCCCCUUGGCCCUGAUCCAGUCCCUCCACCCUCCUGACCAAGGAGGCCCACUCUGCCUCGUUCUUGGACCUUGGGUUAGCUGUGAAGGGCACUGAAAAAGGGGGCCAGACAGUGCCCCCACCCCCUUUAUGUCAGUCAGGAGCCUACAUAGAAUCUCAGAGUUUGAAAAUGUGGGAGGUCAUCUCGUCCAAGGUCUGAGGUGCCAGGACUUUGCUUGUCAAUCCCCCCCUCCAACCCAAACCUGCCAUCCAUAGCAUGCCUGUCUAUAGUCCCUUGUGAUCAUCUUCGACUGAAACUUCCCAUCACCUUCCAGUGACCACCCGGACCUCUAGUGGCUGCUAGCAACAGCUGACACCCAUUCAUGGCCCCUUUUCCCCGGGCUGGCUAGAGUGGUGGUAGCCUUGGGUCUCUGGGGCCCAGAUUUAUGAUUUGCCCAAGCCUGAGGGACUGCCUGGGUCCUGAGAGGAAAUUCAGGGGGUGAGGCCCCUACUAUGUGUUGUCCUGGGCUGACACAGGCAGGGAUGGGAGUGCCCAAAAUGCCAGGGCCUGGGUCCUGCUGUAUGUGGGUUAUUUGUCAGUCCAGGGCACCAGUUCAUAGUCUACUGAGGUGUGGACUUCUGACUAUUAAAGCCAGAGUGUUGGUAAGUUGGAAAAAUCAAAGGCGGGAGGUAUCCCUGGGGCCUGGCUUCCUAGAUGAGAUGAGAGCUGGGUGGCACCUCACAGCUUACUUAGGGCAUCAGCCUUCUACCCUGCAGCCCUCCCUUCAGUCUGUCUCCUCCCCGCUACGUCUCCCAGGAGGAACCUUCUGCGCUUCCCUAAUGCCUAGAUGAAAAAUCCCAAAUCUUUGUUUCUGCAUUGAAGUCCAAUACGAUUUGUCACCAAGGGCCUGCAGCAACCUGGCUUACCCCAAAUGCCCAGCCCAUCCAAGCCCUUGGGACUGACUCUUACCCUCUUUCAGAUCCAUAUGUGACCUUGGGCAAGUCAGAGUUUUAUGAGAACCCACCUGAGUCACUUACUAUCCACGUGACCUUGAAGCUGGGCUCUUCCUCUAGACCUCAGCUUUACAGUUUUUCUUUUCCUUAAAAUUGUGCAUAAAUUUUGUCUUUAUAUCAUUCUCUUUCCCAAUAUAUCCCUCUCUCUCUUGGUCCAGAGAGCCACCUCUUACAAAAAAGAAAAGAUAAAAAAAAUUGAUUCAACAAAGUUAAUUUCCAUGUUGUGAAAGUCUGACAUUAUGGGCAACAUCCCCCAGCCUUAGGUGUAGCCUCUGCAGAUGAGGGCACACUUCUAGUUCUCUGAAGACAAGCUUGGUCAUUAUACUCUUUGCCUGGCACAUAGUAGGCGCUUAA